CAUCCGGGCGCUCUGCUCAGUUUCCAAGCCCUGCGAAGAUGGCGACUGCGGGGAGGAGUUCGCUAUUAUCCUCCAGCUCCGCUGGACCUACGAGCACUUUGGACAGCUCCGUUCUUGAAGAAGAAGAUGGACAGAACCUAUGGUCGACCAUCCUGAGUGAAGUAUCGACCCAUUCAAGGUCCAAGCUACCGUGUGGGAAGAAUGUCCUGGUCAUGGGUGAAGUGGGCUCGGGGAAGACCACCUUGGUUGCAAAGCUUCAAGGAGUCGAAGAGUAUAUGAAGGGUCGUGGUUUGGAAUACCUCUACUUUAAUGUCCAUGACGAUGACAUUGAUGAUCACACAAGAUGCAAUGCAUGGGUGUUAGAUGGAGACCUUUACCACAAGGGGCUGCAGGGAGUGGCCGUACCAGUGGAUGCUAUCGGCAACACGUUGCUGCUUAUAACAGUGGACAUGUCGCGGCCGUGGAACGCUCUGGACUCUCUUCAGAAGUGGGCAGCUGUUGCUAGGGAACACAUAGACAAACUCCGGGUCUCCCCUGAAACACUGAGAGAACUGGAGCACAGAAUCGUAAAGCAGUUCCAGGAGUACACGGAACCCGGCAGUGGGGAGGACGGAACGCCACAGAGGAGAAGUGACGAGGAGGAGAGCAUACUGUUACCUUUGGGAGAUAACACACUAACGCACAACCUGGGCAUACCAGUAGUUGUUGUGUGCACCAAGUGUGAUGCCAUCAGCACACUGGAGAAGGAGCACGACUACAGAGACGAACACUUGGACUUCAUCCAGUCCCACAUCAGAAAUUUCUGUCUUCAGUAUGGAGCGUCUCUUGUUUACACGUCAGUGAAGGAGAUGAAGAACCUUGAUGUGUUGUAUAAAUAUUUGGUACACAGACUCUACGGUUUUCCCUUCAAUUGUCCGGCGCAAGUAGUGGAAAGAGAUGCCGUCUUCAUUCCAUCAGGCUGGGACAACGAAAAGAAGAUCGCAAUUCUCCAUGAGAACUUCCAGACGUUGAAAAUAGAGGAUGGCUUUGAGGACGUUAUAGUUAAGCCGCCAGUUAGAAAGGUCGUUCAUGAAAAGGAGAUUCAGGCUGAAGAUGACCAAGUGUUUCUGGUAAAGCUGCAGUCACUGCUUGCCAAACAGCCAGCUGCGACACCUGGCCGACCUGUGGACACGACGACCAGAGCACCCAGUGGUUCCCCCAGAACGAGUAAUCGCUCUGCUGCGGCGAACGUGGCCAACGCGAUGCCUCAGUCAGGUCAGACCAGUGAGGGUGUGUUGGCCAAUUUCUUUAACAGUCUACUGACAAAGAAAACGGGAACGGGAGGACCUGGGUCGCCAGGAGGGGGCAACAACACUCCAGGAACAGUCCGCAAGUCAGGGUCAAAACUUGGUCUGAGCGACGUACAGGCAGAGCUGGACCGCAUCUCCAACCGGGAAACUGACUCAGACUUGCCCAUUGCCAACGAGACCCCUGCAACUGAUGGCCAGGAAACAUGAAUACAACCCUUUCCAGCGUGUUCAAAUUCUCUCCUCCUCCUCCACUUCCAUCACCCCUCCACCUUUUUUGCUCUUCCUCCCUCUGCUCUGUUGCAAUGCGGGAACCAAAGAGGGAAGCAGGGGAAAAAAGGAAAAGGUGGACACUUAGUUUUUGCACCCCAUCAACUCUUACACUAAACAUGACGAACAGCCCUCUCCGAGUGUCCACCCUUCUCCCCCGAUUGUUACACUAAGGGCAGGUGUUUGUCACUGUUACAUACAUGACUGUAUUUCCUGAGAAUAACUGUGUGUGGGGACAGAUGAGGGCUGGAAUAAUAUGAACUGCUGAAGGGUGCAUGAUUAAGAAACGGCACUUAGAUAAUAGGGAUGGUUGUGUCUUUUAUUUAUCAGAAGGGAAGUGAUGUUUGGCCAGAGAACAAGAUCAUGAACAAGAAGUAACAUUGUUGUAGGAUCUUUUUUUAUCAUGAAGGGACAAACAUACCAGUAUUUUUAUUUGUAUGGGUGUGUGUGUGCAUGUGGCAGUAACAUUAAAUAAGAGAGGAUUAUGAUUUUACUACAAAUCACACCUGAUUUUUUUUGACAAAUAAAUCUCUGCUUUUACACCACUGGCGUUAAAAAGGGGACUUGAAUCCGUCUGCAUCUGCAAUGUCUUAUAUUUACAGACCAAACGACAACUUCAUUGAGCGACAGUCAACUGAUGCUCCGUCAGUUCUACAGUUGGCCAAACUCUUACUUGAGGUGCAUUUUUCUUUUAUUUGUAGAUAACAGAUUUUAGAUAAGUGAACUUUACCUCCACACAAAAAAAGAUGCACUAGCGAUGUAGGUAACUGAUGGCUGGGUGGUGGGAAGGAGAGGGGGGUCAAGAGCAAAGAAGGGUCACAUCCAGAAUGUACAGUCAUUGUCUCGCUGAUUGGUCCUGUUAUUUCAGAGCUCUGUGUUGGCGUUUGUAUAAUCUGAUCUGUUAAUCAGUCAAAAUAAAAGGUGUAUUUAUGCAGAUUCAUCCAACUGUCCUUUGGUUCUUUUUCAAGCUCUCACCACAGCUCCAACUGUCGACCAACACAUGUCCUUCACAUGCUUGACUUGUGUUUAUGUUGAAGCAGGGUUGUAUGUGAUUUUUGUGGUGGAACAGUCAUGUGUUUUUUACUAUUAAUGUCACAAGCCCUGAUCAUGACGAUCACUAUGCAACAACAUAUGGCGAAUAAAUAAAUUACUCGGUCUCUUUGU